CACGUGAUUGCCGCCACAACCGCCUCCCGUGCUUUGUCGUCUCUUAAGUCGUGCAUCAAAGCAGCUCUCUCAUCCACCAUCCAACCGAAGCACGACAGUUCAUCACGACCCGCUCGCCCGACUACACGCGUGAUCCCAACACCCUCUCCCUCUCCGUCUCGCUCGCACAAGUAACAGAUAUCGGAUUCCGGUCCAUCGGAACCGAAAGCAGCCGGUGGUGCGCCAUCCAAGGCCGGUGGUUGGUGGGCCAUGGAGACGAAACAGCCAUCUCCGCCGCCGCCACCGCUGCUGCAGCAGCUGCGGCGGCGGAAGUGGGUGGUACCCCUGCUCGCCUCUUUCUUCAUCUCGUCCCUCCUCAUCUCCGCCUUCGUCUUCUCUUCGUCGUCGCCCUUCUUUGCCGCCUCCUCCUUGUCUCGCCAUGCUCUCCUCCUCCUUUCCUUUUCCCAGAUCCCCUCCCCCGGCGGCGACGAGCCCCACUUCGUCGAGUCCAAGCUCCGCUUCCCGCCACCGUCCGGAGCAUCGGCUCGGCCGGUCCCCCGCCUUGCUUACCUUAUCUCCGGCUCAGCCGGGGACGGCGGCAGUAUCCGCCGGACCCUCCGCGCGCUCUAUCACCCGGCCAACCAGUACGUGCUCCACCUCGAUCUCGAAGCCUCCGCAGCAGAGCGCCUCGAGCUCGCCACCGUCAUCCGAGACGAUCCGGUCUACACUCGUUUCGGCAACGUCAGGGUCGUCGCCCGAGCCAACCUCGUCACUUAUCGUGGGCCCACGAUGGUCUCCAACACCCUUCACGCCGCCGCCAUCCUCCUCAAGGAGGGCGGCGACUGGGACUGGUUUAUCAAUCUCAGUGCCUCCGAUUACCCUCUCAUCACCCAGGACGAUCUAUUGUACACACUGUCAAGUUUGACUAGAGACCUGAACUUUAUAGAGCACACUAGUGACAUUGGAUGGAAGGAGUAUCACAGGGCUAGGCCUUUAAUUAUAGACCCUGGGCUUUAUAGCAUGCACAAAACAGAUUUAUUUUGGGUUUCUGAGAAAAGAAGCAUGCCCACUGCAUUCAAGCUCUUUACAGGCUCUGCUUGGAUGAUGGUUUCUCAUCAGUUCAUCGAGUUCUGUUUGUGGGGGUGGGACAACCUUCCAAGAACAGUUCUAAUGUACUAUGCAAACUUUUUGUCAUCUCCUGAGGGCUACUUUCACACCGUCAUCUGCAAUGUUCCCGAGUUCCGCAACACCACUGUCAACCAUGACCUUCAUUUCAUUUCUUGGGAUAACCCUCCGAAGCAGCACCCUCACUUUCUCACCCUAGAUGACUUCACAAGAAUGGUCGAUAGCAAUGCUCCAUUUGCGCGGAAGUUCGGCAGAGAUGACCCAGUCCUCGACAAGAUUGACGAGGCGCUGUUAGGCCGUGAUCCUGAUGGUUUUGUACCUAGUGCAUGGUGCGACGCAUUGAAGACUAAUACUAGUGAUGAUCCACACUACACAGUGCGGACCGUCACUGAGCUCAGGCCUGGGGCAGGUGCUCAGAGGCUUAAUGCCCUUAUAACGGAUCUGCUCUCAGUAGAUGGUUUUGAUGAGAAGCACUGCAUUUGAUAUGGAUAGUCUGUUGGGAGAAUUGGAAACCUUCUUUUUCCUUCAAACAUGGAGCAUUGAGCUAUCUUGGCGUACCCCUUCAGUUCAAAGCAGCAAAUAGGUAAUGCACCUGUUUGGUCAUGAUCUCGAAAGAGUAGGAUUCUAUGCAAAUAAUGGUUCAUUAGUUGCUUUUGUUUGCAAUAUACAAGUUACUAGGUAAAGCAGCAGAGUGCAAAGUCCUUGUUAUGGUUAGAUUACAAGCUGCAUGCGGGGCAUGAAGCUCCCUUGUAUCCAUGAAGCCUAAUGUCGAGUACAACAGAUUCAAUGCUGUAAUAUUUUUCAGCUUCAGCAGCUUUUGAGAUCUGAGAGAUGCAUUCGCGCACUGAUUUAUUACCGAGGGGCACUUUUUAGCACUAAUCUUGAUCCAAAGACAAGUCCGUAUCAAACUAGUGCAAAUAAGUGGACAUGGUUAUGUUGUAUUUUAUGAAAUCCAAAUGCCUUGGGUUAUGUUUAAGUUGUACUCAGAUGGUGAAUGCUGAUGAUGUUAUCAUUAUAGGAACACUCGAGUGUACUUGCUAUAAUAAGAUCGAACCCUGUUCUGAGCACAAGAUUGGGGUUCGAAGGUGAGAAAGAACGAAGAUUUUGGGUUCUUAUAUUGAUAAUUUAUAAUGGUCUUUUGUUAA